ACUGACAUCUCCUAAAACAUUUAUUGAAGUAAGGUGAUCCUAGAAUAGCUAAAAACCUCAUCCAAAUAAGAGGACUUUCAACGACCACGAAACAGAGCAAGACAAUGGCGACAUCAUUAGCCAGACCACCGGGUACUACGUUCUCCUCCAUGAUGGACUCUUCAAGAAUCAUACGGAAGCCACCACCAUCAUCUACCAUCGUCUCCAUCAAAUCCCAUCGGAGCACAGAAAUUUCAAAAAGAGCUUUGUUGAAUGUAGGGCUGGGUUUCAUGCCUCUAGUCACCAUCCGUCCUCCUCCCUCGAGUUCCAGGGAAGUUGAGGUCGGCUCUUACCUUCCGCCAUCGCCAAGCGUCCCUUCUUUUGUCCUCUACAAAGCCAAACCCACUGACACUCCUGCUCUUCGUGCUGUUGGUUUCAGGAAACGUGGAGCCAUACACAUUUAUGCUUCCUCCUACUUGGAAACAGACUCGUGUAGCAAACAUCUUAUCCGGUAACUACUGCCAGCCCAAGUGCGCAGAGCCGUGGGUUGAGGUAAGGUUUGAGGAUGCAAAGCAGGGGAAAAUUCAGGUGGUGGCGUCUCCUUUGGUACGCCUUACCAAUAAACCAAAUGCCAAAAUUGAGGACAUUGGGACCCCAGAAAAGGUCAUUGCUUCUCUUGGCCCUUUUGUCACUGGGAACACUUAUGACCCUGAUGAGCUCAUUCGAACUUCCAUUGAGAAGCGUGGUGGUCUAACGAUUCAGCCGUUUCAUCAGGCACUCUUCAUGGAUUAGCAUCUGUACUUGCUGCCUCCUCUAGUUGGACUGACUCAAUGAUAAUAAAACAUAAACAGAGACAGUCAUCACCAUUGCCUUCGCCAUCUCCAUCAUCUCAUGAUGAUCAUAGCCAUCUUAGUCCCAACUAGUUGGGAUCGAUAACGUAACAAUUAUAGUGUCAAUUGAUAAUUUAGAUCAGGUAACAGAAAUUAUACAAGAAGAUUAUUUUAGGACAUGCCAAAAAGAUAAAUAUCUGUUUGAAUGUAGGGUGUUUCGAAAGGGUGGGUUUAGUCUUUAUCUUGAUAUACUUGAGCUCAAAAUUUGAAAGGCUGACAUAAUAUGUGAUUGUGUAUAACAUUUGAAUCCUGUGGUACUCAUUUUCAGCAAGAAAUACAUCCUAUUUAUGAAGAUAUAGAAAGCUCAAAAGUCAAAACAGAACCUAAGAAGAUUAAAAGGGGACUGAGAGAUGGAGUAUUUAGGAAGAUGUGAUUCACUUGUGGUCUUGUGUGUAUGUUAUGGGGGUUACAUGGUUCUGUUAACUGCAUCAUCUCUUGCAUGGAUCAUAGUGUUUUCAUGAAUACUACUUCUGCUUCUGUUUGCAGUACUACAGGUAUGUUCUGGAAACUCCUUACGCUCUUACUGGGUCCCACAAUCUUGCAAAAGCAACAGCGAAGGGAGACACAGUUGUCCUCUUUGUGGCCAGUGCCAAUGAGAAGCAGUGGCAAUCAUCACAGAAAACUUUAGAAGCCAUUCUUGAUUCCUUUGAACUGUAGUUUCUUUCUUUAAUGGAAGAGCCCUUCUAAUCCCAUUUUGAUAUCAUAGAAGAGAGCCCAUUCUUGAUUUUGUUCUUUUUUAUGGCAAAAGAAGCAAACAAGUCAAUGUUUGUAUCAAGUGCAUAUAAAACAUUUCCCUUAAUGCUUUUAAAGUUGUAAAGUUUAACUUAAGCUUCGUUCAAU